UGGAAAAAGAAAACAACAACCUUUGUUGUCAUUUGAUUGAAAGUUAGGUUAUAUAUUCAAACUGUCGUUUAAAAUGACGUCUGUUUCAGCCCUAUGUUGUUUAAAAGGUUGUUUGAAUGGUUUUAAUUUUUCAUCCACGGUUCCUCAUAUUCCCAGGGAAAAUCCUAUACAGCUUGACACUGCUUUCAUGGGCUACGAAGUUGUAAUUGUAAAAGGGGGCCAAAGAGUUUGUGGUGCCGGAGCAGCUCUAGGCAGUGCUCCUUUAGUACAAUCAAAGUCUUACUUCGAAGUUAAAAUACAACAAGGAGGUUCUUGGUCAAUUGGUUUAGCGACUCGUCAAACAGACCUAAGUUUAACACAAGGAGGUAUGGAUGAAUUCUCGUGGUGUUUAUGUAGCGAUAAUGUAAUACGACACAACAAGCAUGAUCUCUAUAGGCUAGGUUGCUCAAACAGUUUAAUUCCUAAUGGAACUAUGGGUGACACAGUAAAUAAUUUACCUCAAGAAGGUGAUAUUAUAGGUGUUUCAUAUGACCAUAUUCAACUAAAAUUUUACUUAAAUGGUAAAGAACUGGAAUAUGCAGUUUCUAAUGUAAAAGGAACAGUAUAUCCUGCACUUUAUGUUGAUGAAGGAGCUAUAUUAGAUGUUACUUUUGAUAAUUUCACAUACUCAUUACCUAACGGUUUUGAGAAAAUCAUGUUGGAACAAUCAUUACUGUAAUUUAGAUAUGCAACUAUUGUAUUUUAUGUACAAAUGUAUACAAAGAUAUUAUGUUAAAACAAACUCGUUAAAAUUGUGGCACAUACAGCUUUCAAUUUGUUUAUAAAAACGUUUUACAAUUAGUUAUGUAAAACUUUUAAGAAUUUAUUCCCACAUAAUAUUAAUACAGUGAAAGUAAAAAGUAAAUUAUUUUUUGAUAGUAACUAAAAACUUUUUACAAAGAAUUUAACAGGGGAGAACAGCGUAACAUCCAUUAAAAGUAAUUAUUGCAUUUAAACUAGUUAAAUGUGAAAGAGUAAUUUAUAACAUAGUAUUUUAUAAUUAAAAAAUUGCAAUGUAAUAAAGACAAAAUCAUGUCGAAAAAAAGGCAGAGUUAUGCUUUCUUAAAUAUUUUGUUUAAUAAAUUUAGAUUUUAAACAUAAGGUGUUAUGAAUAAUUAUUUAUUAAUGAUACGUAAUUGUAAAAAUAUGUCGCAUCUUUCACUGCAUACAGCUAUGUAACUUGAAAAAUAUUCCAAACAUAUUUGUUUUAGCAAUGCUGUAUCAAUAUUUUAAAUAUUACUUAAUCAAAAAAAUGAUGCUUUGUAGUUGUACUUGCAAAUUAACUACUAUUGUAAUCCAAUGUUUAAUUUUAUCGCUUUUUAUAUUAAUGAAUUAAUAGCGAAUAUAUGUCGAAUUUUUGAACAGGGAGCAAAAAGCUAAUUGCCUGAAAUCUGGCAGUUAUUUAUUUAUAACGUAUUUUUAUAAAUUAUGUUUAUUUAAAAAAAUGUAAAAUUAUUGUGUAAAUAAAUUAAUUUUUAAGUAUCUUGGUAU